AUUUGAAAAGGAUAAUAAAUGGGAUAGCUUAGCUUAGCAGUUAGAUAGAACUUAGCAGUGAGAGAGCACUCUUGUGUUGUGUUUGAUAGAGGUUGGGGGAGCAAAUGAAAAUGUCUACAUUGAGCUCCCAAUUCCACCUCCCAACCAAAUAUCUUGCAACUUCGACUUCAAAUCCUUCAUUUCUCAUCCCCACUACUUCACAACAAAAACACCCUGCAUAUCCAACAAUAUUAUCAUCUCUACCUUCUGAAGCUACAAGUAUCCUUCCGCCAACACUAGCAUAUGCUAGAAAAUCCAAGUCCUUAGUUAUACAACAUGAACAAGCCAGUGGGAACUCCUCGUCGUCGAGGUCAAGGAAUUUGAUAAUGGGAGUUGUUUCUGUUGGAGUUGUGGUGUUUCUGAUGGGGAUGGACGCGCAAAAAGCUAUGGCUUUGGGUCCUGAAGGGCCGCUGAUGGAAGAGUUUUGGGACAAUGUUAGGAGAUAUGGACUUUAUGCUCUAACAGUGAGCACAGGUGCUCUGUACGCUACCUUCCAGCCUAUAUACGAGUUGUUGAAGAACCCCAUCUCUGCAAUUCUGGUGUUGGUAAUAUUAGCCGGCGGUAUCUUCAUCCUAUCCCAAGUGGUUACAGCCAUGGUUGGUGUCUCUGAUUUUACUUAUGAUUAUGGAUAUUGAACUGAUAUAUUUGAAUGUGGAUUCAUUCCCUAUAUCUAUUAUGUAAGUAAAGAGACUUUUUGAUGCAUGUCGACUAGGAAGUUCAUUUCCUAUUACAGUUUCUCUAGACACAACGCAACGCAAAUUUGGAGUAGUCCAAAGUUAAUUUUUGCUUUGAAA